AGGGUCUAGUUACAAAUACCUCCCUUUUAGACGUAGUGCACUACGUAGGGUGUCAGAUGGUGGUAUUUGACACCAGUUUUAUGUGGGAGCCAUUUGGAUUCGAUUCUUCGGAAGAAGUUUUUGGGUACUGGGGGAAAAACUGAUAACUAAAUAGUAAAUAACCGAUUAUCAUCAUAGCAUUUAAAAAAAAUAUUUUUAAAUAGUGGUCUAGCUAGUGGACAUCAGUUAUGAUGAGUGGUGAAACAUGUGGGAUAAUCAGGAUGCAGAGCGUGAGUCCAUUGCUGCCUCAGCGCCAGGAGAGUGUAGAGGGUCGCUCACCAAACCUGAGGCCGAGGCACGGGGAGCUGAUACCCACACCAUGUGGACCAAUAAAGAGGUUGUCAGAGCUCCAGUGCUUUGUGAAGGCUUACUUCUGCCUCACAAUCAUCUCCCUGGUGGUGCUCUUCAUUCUCACUAUAGUCAACAUCACGGAAGAGAUCAGGAAAGUGGACGACGAUGAUGACCUCAGUGUCUCUAUCAUCCAGCUUGUGGGCAUCGUGUUCUGUGUUUACUACAUCAUGCGAGGCGUGCUGCAGGAAAACAGGCAGGAGCUGAUUAUCUUUGCGGUGUGUGUGCUCGUGGUCAUGGUGCGCUCUAUCGUCAACUUCAGCGUACUCGAAGAGAAAGGAAUGCUGCUGAUGGUGCGGUUUGUGUGCAUCAUAUGUGUGGGUGUGGUGCACCUGAUCUGUGCCUUGCUGCUCAUUCUAAGACCCAACAUGAUGGCCUUCAGGGUGGGUGGAGCGUUGGAAAGCCUGCAGGAACAGUAUUUCCUGCUCAAUCUCUGCUUCUCAAUGGUGACUUUUGAUCUUCAGGCACAGCUGUGCUUGUGCAUCCUAAUCCUGACGUCAGGCCCCACUGUGUCCUUCGCUCACUCCAUCAUUUUGGGAAUUGGACUCGUUUGGGCAAUAAUCACUGCUGUGACUGGAGCCAUUUCUGUUUUAAAAGAAGUGAAGCCACUGGUCUGGAUUUUUGUUCUCCAGAACUUACCUCAGCUGGCCUAUUUCAUUUACCUCCUAUACACGAUCAUUACUCAGUGGGGCCAGAGUAAAACAUACAUCCUAGAGGCUGCUUCCAUAACGGGCUGCGUGAUCUCGGUGACCAUCAAAAGUGUGCUGUUCUGGGGCUUGUUCCGUCUGUACCGCAGCUUCGGCCAGGGUCUGCGGGAGAGAUUGUUUGCUACAGAUGUGCAGUAAAGGUCUUUAUGAAGAGGAGCAGCAUGAGACGCGCUGCAUUGUGGAGAGUCAGCAAGGGGUACAAUAAUGCAACUUCAAUUCAGUGUUUAAAUAUGCACUUACAGCUGAACAAAACUUCAGUCAAGCAGGUUCAUCGACCCGGAAGAGAUGUCCGUAAAUCAAUUUCGGACAUAAAGUGAGUGCGGCAAGCCAUCGUUGCCGUUUAGCUUAUUUGAAAGUCAUCUGAAAUCCAGUUCUUGCUUUGGACAAGAUUGAUUUUAUUUUGUACAUGGAAAUGCCAAGUUAUUCAUGUAGUGAUUAGACAUUCAUACGUUACAUCUUUAUUUGUUUGUUUUAUUAUUAUUUUUUUUUUAUAUAUGCUUUAAAAUGUUUGCUUUGCAAAAUGUUUGAAGUAUUUGUUCAUGAUUAUUCUCCGUGCUUCUUUUAAAUGUUAUUUUAAGUUUGGAUACAUAUCAGAAAGUGUCAGUAUGUACCAAACUGCAUGUCUUAUCUAUUUCAGCAGCAGUCACUGUGCCCAUGCAAAACGUGAUUCAGCCACUCCAUUUUAAAAUGUUGUGUAGUCGAAACAUGUAUACAGUUUCCGAUUAUAUUAUAUUAUAUAAUAUCAAUCUAAUAUCUUGAACAAACGAUGAGGAUGCAUCCUAUUUUGGAAUAGGAAGAACUUACAAUCACUAUCAUAAAGUUUUAACGUCAGAUAACAGGGUUCCAACAAAUCAGAGGUGUGUGUGUGUGUGUUAGCUGUCAUUCUUUUAUAUUAAUAAUCCAGCUGUGUAGUAGUAACAACAAGGCAUUCUGAUUUGUGGUUUCGUUUCCUGAAUGUCGCGCCACUCGUUUGAGGUAGAUUUCACUCUCGGAAGAAAGGGCACUAAACUGUCAUUGGGUUGGUAGCCUUAUCUUUUUUAGUUUCAACAUAUAUUCAUCACCUGGAACCGUAGAUAUAUACGAGUAUGUAAUUGGACCGUAAUGACCUUUUUAGAGGAAAGCUUUGAAGGUAGCUAAAUGCACAAUUCUAGGAAAAAGAUACCUAAUGAAGGUACAUUUGGGGCACACGGUGGCUUAGUGGUUAGCACGUUCGCCUCACACCUCCAGGGUCUGGGAUUCGAUUCCCACCGUGGCCCUGUGUGUGCGGAGUUUGCAUGUUCUCCCCGUGCUGCGGAGGUUUCCUCUGGUUACUCCGGUUUCCUCCCCAAGUCCAAAGACAUGCAUGGUAGGCUGAUUGGCAUGUCCAUAGUGUCCGUGUGUGAAUGUGUAUGUAUGUAUGAUCUAUAAUGUGUGUGCGCACUAUCUUGACGAUUCAGUAUUGACAUUGUUGUACAAUUUCUAAGUCACUUUAAGUUUAAGCAGGUUUGUGAUUCCCCCCCACUGUUAUUCUUUUGAAAGCACAUUUUUCCAAUGAAUAUUACAUGCUUUUUGAUUUAUGAUUUUAUACACUAACCUCAGAAUGCUUUAUCUUUUAAUGUCACACAGACAAUGAGCUCAUUGUUAAGGAGGUGUUUUGAACAAAGGGGAACAAAAGUUAAUUCCACUCCCCAUGUAGGGAAACCAAAGUUCAUUGACUAUGUAAAAAUAAUAUCCUUCUUUUACUUGGAUAACCAAUGUUUUUUGUUUUGUUUUGUUUUGUUUUUAGAUUCCAGCACUAUUUCUACUUUAUGCUGUAAUCGUCAGAGCACUUGUAAGAGUUGUACAAAAAUAUGUAUUGUUGUCUGUUUUUUGAUAUCAUGGAUUUAUUACUUUCAUAAACAUGUAUUUGUGAUACAAAAUUUUUAUAAAUAUAUUUUAAACAAU